CGGACAACUAGACGCGUGUCUCUGCGAGUGUUUUCUUCAACACCGGUGUCACGGAGCGAAUACCGAACUACCUACAAAGAAAGCAGGUAGACAACUGUGCAGCGUUCCGUUUGGGUAAUUGGCAUGCAAAUUUCACUGUAAAUCUUCAGGAUGCAACCAACUACAGACGUAGACACCUCAAGAAUUUUGGAAAAGGGGCCCGACUACCUUCGAAAGCAGAUGGAGCUGGAAGGAGAAUCCAAGGGGCGCCUAAGUGCCGUGGAGAGGCUGGCGGCGAGCAAACCAAAGUACGUAAAAAGUCAACAGGUGAUCAAUUCUAAGCAGGACCCGGUGGUCUCGUUCAGCUCGGCCUCCGGGAGCAGCAAUGGGUCCUCCAACCCGAGUUCGAGACGGAGCAUGAACAAGAAUGUGAGGUGUAAUCCAAACCAGGAUGUCGACGGCCAAGGUGAGCGUGCACCGCCUGAAGUCGCCGACAUGGUGCGUCGGAGCAGUUCCAAAAAACAACGACCCGAUUCGCUCCUAAUGUACCGACAGAAAUGUGAACUGGUGAAAGUGUCGACGAAUGAAAACGCUAAGGCUAGCUUGGUGCGGAGGCUUUUUCUCAACACCCUAAAAGACAAGACAAUUACAGUGCCACAGGCAACGGUAAAGGAAUGCGAUCACGAAGAAAGAGAAUCCGCAUCGACAGAAAGUGUGACGCCUAACGCAAGGGGCCCACAAAAACUAGCACCAGAUGUCAAAAGGAAACCGAUGCACAACAGAGUUGAGGAAAUUGGGGUGAAAUGCAGGAAAGGAGUUGCCCGUUCACAUUCGGAUAUAAGUUCAAGGUACUCCAGAAACUUCUCCGAGUUCGAGACGUUCUUCAAGUACUGUGGACUUGAUGGGGACGUAAUAGAGUCGUUGGGAAAAGAGAAUUUUUCUGCACGUUCGGAUGAACUCUCUUUGAAAAUACGAAGUGUGAGUGUGUCAACAUCAGAUGACGGUUUCUCAAGGGAAAGUGGCGACAGCGACGGACUGCUUGAGGAAGAGUUGCAUGAAAAUAUUCGCCAGGGGACUUCGGUAAUUGAGCGCAAUGCAAGAAUUAUAAAAUGGUUGUACAGCUGCAAAAAUGCCCAACAAUCUGGGAAAGUAUUACGUGAUCUUGACUAAAAUGGAGCAUCUUACUGCGUAUUGAGUUGACAUGUUUGUUAUAUUUCAUCUGUAUAUCUGCAAUUUGUACAUACAUAUACAUAUUUUCUACCUUAACGUUAUUUUAUAGUUUGGAGCUACUAACGUAUGAAAUUGAAACGGUAAAACACCUUUAUCAAUUAAGGUUGACUCUAGAUGGAAUGAACUACCUCCCAACACAAGAACUGUGCAAUCUCUUAUUACGCUACCUUUCAUCAUCUUUUUUUAUACUGUUUGUUUAUUACUAUAGUUAAUAGGCCUAUUAACUAUAGUAAUAUAUCUUAUAGGCCUACUCUAAAGUCUCACUGGAAUAUAUGAAUGAGUAUCAGAGUAUAUGUUAAAUGAAUUAACAGAAAUUAAAUUUUGACUGAGUCAAUUAUAUGCUGUACCCAGGUAUACACGUGGCUACAGCUAUUCGGUUCCUCGUUCGCCCGACUGUAACUGCUGUACUAAUGGCUGCAUUUUGCCAAAGGUUUCUGGAAAGCAAAGAGGCAUUCCAGAUACUUCUUGCCUUCGGAUAUGAAAAACAGAAGCGCAGCCGCAACCAACAGUUGCCUCCAACGCGACUGUCUUUCCUUUGUUAUUGCGCAAUAAGAGGAAAAUUCCAUUCUGUCCUUUAUAAUAAUGUUAAACAGUUAGUUGGUGCAGUUACAAUGCAGUAAGGAAGACCGAAAGGCCGGUGUCUUGAGUUUCAUGGGGAGUGUGAUCAAGUACAUCUCGUGGUCGAUGUAUUAUCUGUUUUGGUUGUUGAGUACUGUUAGCUUUUGUUAAACAUUACAACUGACCUGUAUUAGUUUAUUAUUUCAGGCUGGUACACAUCUGUUCAAAGUAUUUUACUGUUUGGUUCUCAAAUGUGGAUCAAGGUAACACCAUAAACAUUUGUUUAAUAAAAUGUGUAAUUUACUAAAAGGCCAUGCAUGUGUUGGCAAUAAUACCAUUAUAUAAAAUAUUUGCCAUGACAGCAUGAUAUUUGUACUAUAUUUUGAAGUUACAAUGCAGCAUGUUGUGUUAUGUGGUUAGGGUGCCUGUUACAGUCACACAUUGUAAUGAUCUGAAAGCUGAUGUCAUAGUAAAGUGAUCUGGAAUGGACAUGUUUGGUGGCAUGAAUGG